AUGACUGCCAGAGGAAGCAAACCCCUCGUGGCUUUGAUAGGCACUCUCGACACCAAGCAAGCCGAGUACCAAUUUGCAACCUCAUGGUUGGAAAAGCAUAACUGUAACGUAGUCCUCCUCGACGCAAGCACCCGGUCACCAUUUGAAGGCCCAUUAUCUUUCGAUCUGGGAGCGUCAUCCAAAUUGCAUCGACCAAAGGACCUGCUGGGGACACACGCAUUCGCCGAAGAUGCCGAGCGAUCCAAAGUUCGCCAACUUUUAAGAGAAGCUUGUCUUGACGAGUUGACCAGCUUGCAAGCAAGAGGAGAGCUCAAUUCCAUCGCCUCAUUUGGCGGCAGUCAGAACACGGCGUUCGCUACAUCAAUCAUGCGCAGUCCUACAUUCCCGAUCGGCCUGCCCAAGUUCAUGCUGACGACGAUGGCAAGUGGUGAUGUGAGCGAAUACCUAGGUGAGAGCGACAUCUGUAUCAUGCCUUCGGUGGCAGACAUCUCUGGCUCUAUGAACGAUAUCACGCUCACGACACUACAAUCCGCCCUGGCAGCCAUCUCCGGAAUGGCACAUAUGCAUCAUGGCGCGAAGCAAGACAAAUCGAGCUCACCAGCUGAGGAAAAGGACCACAAGCCGAUGAUCGCAAUCAGCAUGUUCGGCGUCACUACAGUAGCUGUCAAUCAAAUCUCGGAUCUUCUGAAAGAGCGAGGAUACGAACCAGUGGCAUUCCACGCAACGGGUUCAGGGGGUCGAAGCAUGGAGAGGCUCAUUCGAGAGGGCUUCUUUGCAGGUCUCGUCGAUCUUACAACCACAGAAGUCUGCGACCAUCUCUACAACGGAGUUCUAUCUGCAGGGCCUGAUCGUCUCACUGCUGCAGCUGAAUGUGGUGUUCCGCAGGUCGUGUCUGUCGGUGCUCUUGACAUGAUCAACUUUGGCUCACUUUCAUCCUUGCCCUCCAGGAUCAAGCUCCAGAAUAGCAAGGACGAUGGGCCAAUGCACUACACUGAGGACGGAACACCAGUUUACGAACACAACAGUCAAGUAACCUUGGUUCGAACAUCAGCAGCACAGUGCAAGGAGAUUGGGGAGUACAUCGUUGAAAAAUUAACGACAGGCCUGAGUCGUCUGCAGAAGGGUCGGAACGCCGCACCUGUCCGCAUUCUGUUCCCCCGCGAGGGUCUCUCGGCAAUGGACGGUGCAGAAGGUGUGUGGAACAAUCCAGAGGCAAGGACAGCCUUGCAUGGGAGCAUUCGAGAGGCGCUGAAGAGCAAGGCUUCCCAAAGCAAUCUGCAAAGUCCUGUCACCAUCGAAGCGUUCGAACAUCACAUCAAUAGCGCUGAGUUUGCCAUGAUCGUCGCUGACCAGGCUGCUCAACUAGUUUCUAAGUAG